CUGAGUCGCCGCAGGCGCUGCCGUCGCGGCUCCGCUGAAGUUUUCGCCGAGCGCGCCGGACCCGGUCCCCGCCGGUCCCGAGAUGCGCUCAGGAGCCGCCGCGAGCCCAGCCCCGACAGCUGUGUCCCAGGAGUCCCCGUGACCAGGCGUCUUGCACAGGGCUGCCCACAUGCCAGGGGCGUCACCACCAGGGUGGAGAAGCUGCUGAGGGCCAGUAGGAAGCCGUGUGCCCUGCGCUGUGUCCCAUGCAUGUGGUCCAGAGGAGGGAUGUCCCAGCCACGUCUCCUCACCUUCCUGGUGCUGCUGCUCUGCUGCCAGGGUCCCUGUGCCCAGAUCACGGAUAAUGUUGUUGAGAGGUGGAAGGAGUACAGCGAGGAGUGCAAGCGCAACAUGAGCCGCCUGCCUGCACCCACAGAGCUGGUCUGUAACCGCACCUUCGACAAGUUCUCAUGCUGGCCCGAUACGAUGCCCAACAGCACAGCCAGUGUGCCCUGCCCUUGGUUCCUGCCCUGGUACCAGAAAGUGAAGCACAAACACGUCUUCAAGACCUGUGGGCCAGAUGGACAGUGGGUGACAGGGCCACGGGGCCAGUCCCUGCGUGAUGCCACACAGUGUGAGCAGGAUGACGAGGACCUAAAGGCGCAGGAAAAAUUUGCCAAGACCUAUGGCAGCUUCAAGGUGAUGUACACUGUGGGCUACUCUGUGUCCCUGUGUGCACUGUUGCUUGCCCUGGCCCUGCUGCUGGGCUUCAGCAAGCUGCACUGCAUGAGGAACUACAUCCACAUGAACCUCUUUGCCUCCUUCAUCCUGAAGGGCGUCUCUGUGCUGGUCAUCGACGCCCUGCUCAAGACCCACUACAGUGACAAGAUCGACGGCUACAACGUGCAAGUCUGGCUGAGUGACGAGGCAGCCGCAGGCUGUCGGGCAGCCACAGUCUUCAUGCAGUACGGCAUCGUGGCCAACUACUGCUGGCUACUGGUGGAAGGCAUCUACCUGCAUAACCUGCUGGUGGUGGCCGUCUUUUCUGAGAGGAGCUACUUCACCCUCUACCUGUGCAUCGGCUGGGGGGCACCCAUGUUGUUCCUCAUUCCCUGGGUCAUUGUGAAGUUCCUCUAUGAAAACAUACAGUGCUGGUCCACAAACAACAACAUGGGCUUCUGGUGGAUCCUCCGCUUCCCCGUGUUCCUGGCCAUCCUGAUCAACUUCUUCAUUUUCAUCCGCAUCAUUCAGAUCCUUGUUUCCAAGCUUCGUGCACACCAGAUGCGCUACACUGACUACAAGUUCAGGCUGGCCAAGUCCACCCUGACGCUCAUCCCGCUGCUGGGCAUCCAUGAGGUGGUCUUCGCCUUCAUCACAGAUGAGCACGCCCAGGGCACACUGCGCUAUGUCAAGCUCUUCUUCGACCUCUUCCUGAGCUCCUUCCAGGGUUUGCUGGUGGCCAUUCUCUACUGCUUCGUCAACAAGGAGGUGCAGGCAGAGCUGCUGAAGCGAUGGCACCGCUGGAAGCUGGGGAAGGACCUGGCUGAGGAAUACAAGCACACCUACAGCCAUGCACCCAGUGCCCGCAAUGGCGCCGGCAGCACCUGUGAGAAGCACCAGCUGGUGAGUGGCUGCACAAAUGGGCUGGGGCGCAGCCUGGCCCCCCAGCCCAGCUCCCAGCGCCUGGAGAGGAGUGGGCACAGCACUGCUGAGCACCUCGCCCUGGCGGGCCAUCACCACUGCUAUGAGUUUCCUGAGACCACGGCCGAGAGCCACUUCUGAGCCCGCAGCCAGGUGGGAGGGCUGUGCUGAGCCUCUGGGAUGCCACCAUUGCCUGCCCCAUCCUCCCCAGGUGCUGGUGGGCCCUGGAACCUGUUGCCCUGGUGAGGGUGCUGCCUGGGCACAUGGACAAUGGACACAGUGAGGCAGGCAAAUGGGACCUGGACCUCUGGAAGGGGAAACUGUGGGGCCAAGGGGACCUGUAGGGGUGGGAGUUUGUCCUGUGGUGCUUCGCUUGUGCACCUUCGAGUCCCUGUGCACAGUGCUGUAAUUUAUCUGUCAUAUCUGUAAAUAGAUGUGGGCCCGUGCUGGGCUGCAGGGCCA